AUGAACUUGACUGUUUUCAUGGAUUCAGCAUCGAUCUCCAUGGAAGCCAGGAAGUUGUUCAUUCUUCUCCUCCUACUACUUCAUUUAGCUCAUUUUUCUUCUGUUGCAGUAAGUUCUAACAUCAUCCUUUACCCUGAAACUGAAAAAGAUGCCCUUCUUAACUUCAAACAAGGGUUCACAAACCCUUCACACCUGCUUUCCUCGUGGAUUACUGAGCAAGAUUGCUGCAAAUGGGAGGGUGUUGAAUGCGACAACACAACCGGGCAUGUCACCACUCUUGAUCUUCACAGCACAAGUCAAGCUGACUCCUUGCGAGGUGAGCUUAGAAAUUCAUUGCUUGAUUUGCCAUACUUGAGACAUCUAGACCUUAGCCACAAUGAUUUUCACUAUAUCCAAAUUCCCGAUUUCAUUGGCUCUUUAAAAAACUUAGAGUACUUGAAUCUUUCAAGUGCUAACUUCAGAGGGAUAGUGCCUGAUCAUCUUGGAAAUCUUUCAAGCCUUCAGUACCUUGAUCUGAGUGGUUCUGGUCACAAUCUAAGAGUAAACAACCAUGACUGGCUAAGCCAACUAUCCUGUCUGAAGGUUAUUGACUUGAGUUGGGUAAAUUUUGGAAGUUGGAAUAGUUGGCUUCGUGCAAUCAACAUGCAACCAUCUCUCAUCAAGUUAAAUCUAUCUGCCUGCCGUCUUUACUCUCUUCAUAUUCCCCCUACACUGCCUUUUCUUAACUUCACUUCUCUGCAAAUUCUUGAUCUCUCACAUAACUACUUUGGGUCUUUAAUACCAAGUUGGUUAUUCAACCUCAGCAGCCUUGCUACUCUGAGCCUAAAAAACAGUGACAUCCAAGGUUCAAUUCCAAAGACUUUCCAGACCAUGACCUCACUCACAGUACUUGAUCUCUCAGAAAACAAUCUCAGAGGCGAGUUACCAUCUGCACUGCCAUCACUUUUGAAAGAAGUGCGCUUCUCUGGUAACAACCUAAAUGGUUCUUUAGCCAAAAUCAUCAUGCACCUUAAGCAUCUAGUAGUUUUGAAUGUUGCUCGGAAUUAUUUGAACGACACACUUACUGAAGAGUCGCUCAACUUCAGUGAUUUGAAGGAAUUGGAUUUAUCUUAUAACUCAAUUGUCCUGAAGAUGAGCCAAAGUUGGAUUCCCUCUUUCCAACUUGAUGUUAUAUCCCUAGGGCAUUGUCAACUAGGGCAACGCUUCCCGAGUUGGCUAAGGACUCAGAAAACAUUCUCCUUCAUUGAUAUCUCUAGUGCUGGUAUUUCAGAAAAGGUACCUGACUGGUUUUGGGACCUCUCUCCUGCAAUGGAGCAUAUGAAUCUUUCUUGGAACCAACUUAGUGGUCAACUGCCAGACUUGUCAAGAUUUAGUCUCUCGGUAGUAGACUUGAGUGGCAACAAUUUCCAAGGUCCUGUGCCACAUUUUUCUUCAAUGAUGAGAGUUUUUAUUCUAAGAACUAAUUCUUUCAGUGGCACUGUUUCCCCUGUAUGUGAAUCACUGGUUUAUAAUAAUUCUCUAAGGUUCCUAGAUUUAUCAUCAAACAAUCUAUCAGGACCACUCCCUGACUGCUUGGUAAAUGGGACAAAGCUGAUUGUCUUGAAUUUGGGUAGUAACUUCCUCUUUGGAGAAAUACCUCAAUCACUUGGAAAUCUGCAGAAUCUCAAGAUCUUAAGACUGCAAAAAAAACAAUUUCUUGGGAGAGCUGCCUUCAUCAUUGCAGAACUUGAGAAGUUUAGUGGAGCCAUCCCUCCUCAACUUUGCAGACUUGAGUACCUAAUGGUUUUGGACCUUAGUAACAAUGCAUUGACAGGAACAAUUCCAAAGUGUGUCAAUAAUUUUCUCAUUAUGGCUGGGGUUGAAGGCGUUCCCUCCUUCAUUUUUGAUCAAUAUACAGCAUAUGAGAAGGUUGUAGUAGAGACCAUCAUAAUCACAAUUUUUAGUGAAUAUAACAGGUUUAGAUUUCCAUUCACCUUGUUCUCCUUAGGAAGCUUGCUAUUAACUAGUAUUGAUCUAUCGGGCAACUUUCUUUCAGGUGAGAUUCCAGGGGAACUUACCAGUCUUGUUAAGUUGGGAGCAUUGAAUUUGUCGGCAAACAAUCUAACAGGACCUAUUCGUGUCGGGCCAGGGUUUCAUAACAUGAGAUUGUUGGAGAGAACAGACAUAGUUUCAGAAAAGGGCAAGUCUUUUAUGGGUGCAGAGAAGAAAGAAGAAUAUGAGAGAGAGAGAGAGAGAGUUACUGCAAACCAGCAAAUUACCCAUUUGGUACAUGUAGUAGAGUCAUCAGUAAACCCUGAAAGCUAUCAAGGGAUUAUAUAUUGUGCUUGUAAUCUAUUCAAUAGAUCACAACCCACAGUUCUUAUUUCUUUGCUAAACUUCUACUAUACUAUCGUGAUUUCACAAUCAAUCUCCAUGGAAGCUAGGAAGUUAUUCAUCCUUUUCCUCCUACUUAAUUUAGCUCAUUUUUCUUCUACUGCAGUAAGUUCUAACAUAAUCCGUUGCCCUGAAACUGAAAAAGAUGCCCUUCUUAACUUCAAACAAGGAUUCAAAAAUCCUUCAAACCUGCUUCCCUCCUGGACUACUGACCAAGAUUGCUGCAUAUGGGAGGGUAUUGAAUGCGACAAGAGAACCGGGCAUGUCACCACUCUUGAUCUUCACAGCACAAGUCAAGCUGACUCCUUGCGAGGUGCGCUUAGAAAUUCAUUGCCUGAUUUGCCAUAUUUGAGACAUCUAGACCUUAGCCACAAUGACUUUUUCUAUAGUCAAAUUCCUGAUUUCAUUGGCUCUUUCAAAAACUUAGAGUACUUGAAUCUUUCAAGUGCUAAGUUUAGUGGGAUAGUUCCUGAUCAUCUUGGAAAUCUUUCGCGCCUUCAGUACCUUGAUCUGAGUGGUUCUGGUGGAAUUCUAAGAGUAAACAACCAUGACUGGCUAAGCCAACUAUCCUGUCUGAAGGUUAUUGACUUGAGUUGGGUAAAUCUUGGAAGUUGGAAUAGUUGGCUUCGUGCAAUCAACAUGCAACCAUCUCUCAUCAAGUUAAAUCUAUCUGCCUGCCAUCUUUACUCUCUUCAUAUUCCCCCUACACUGCCUUUUCUUAACUUCACUUCUCUGCAAAUUCUUGAUCUCUCACAUAACCAUUUUGGGUAUUUAAUACCAAGUUGGUUAUUCAACUUCAGCAGUCUUGCUACUCUGAACCUAAAAAACAGUGAGAUCCAAGGUUCAAUUCCAGAGACUUUCCAAACCAUGACCUCACUCACAGUACUUGAUCUCUCAGAAAACAAUCUCAGAGGCGAGUUACCGUCUGCACUACCAUCACUUUUGAAAGAAGUGCGCUUCUCUGGUAACAGCCUAAAUGGUCCUUUAGCCAAAAACAUCAUGCACCUUAAGCAUCUAGUAGUUUUGGAUGUUGCUCGGAAUUCUUUGAACGACACACUUACUCAAGGGUCACUCAACUUCAGUGAUUUGAAGGAAUUGGAUUUAUCUGAUAACUCAAUUGUCCUGAAGAUGAGCCAAAGUUGGAUUCCCUCUUUCCAACUUGAUGUUAUAGCCCUACGAUCUUGUGAACUAGGGCAUCUCUUCCCGAGUUGGCUAAGGACCCAGAAAACAUUCUCCUUCAUUGAUAUCUCUCGUUCUGGGAUUUCAGACAAGGUACCUGACUGGUUUUGGGACCUCUCUCCUGCAAUGAAGCACAUGGAUCUUUCUUCGAACCAACUUAGAGGUGAAGUGCCAGAUUUGUCAAGAUUAAGUCUUUCGGAAGUAGACUUGAGUGGCAACAAUUUCCAAGGUCCUGUGCCACAUUUUUCCUCAAUGAUGAAAGUUUUUAUUCUAACAAGUAAUUCUUUCAGUGGCACUGUUUCCCCUGUAUGUGAAUCGCUGGUUUAUAAUAAUUCUCUAAGGCUCCUAUAUUUAUCAUCAAACAAUCUAUCAGGACCACUCCCUGACUGCUGGGUAAAUGGGACAGAGCUGAUUGUCUUGAACUUGGGUAGUAACUUCCUCUUUGGAGAAAUACCUCAAUCACUUGGAAAUCUGCAGAAUCUCAAGAUCUUAAGACUGCAAAAAAACAAUUUCUUUGGAGAGCUGCCUUCAUCAUUGCAGAACUUGAGAAGAGAAACCAGUUUAGUGGAGCCAUCCCUCCUCAACUUUGCAGACUCGAGUACCUAA